AAAAAAGAAAUACUUCGUGUAGUUAACAAGACAUUUAUAUUAUCUGAAAAUGAUGGUUAUGGUGUUGCACACAUAACCGAUGAUAGUUCGGAGAUGUCCGUAUGUAAUACCAAUAGUUCUUAUUGUUAACGAGACAUUAAAAUAGUCUGCAUGGGUAGUGAUGUAUUGGCGUAUAGUUCGUGUAGCUAGCAAUGAUUCUUCUUUUGUUCAUGGCGAUAUCAGAUUCGGGAGGAGCGAUGUCCGAUGAUUUACCAGAAUGGACCAUUAUGGAAAUACCUGCGUACUUAAAACACUUGCCUGGUUCAGAGCCUGUGGAUGCUUAUAUUCUGUAUAUAAGACGCGGUGAGAAUGAAGAGCCUAAUCUCUCGCCCGAAGAAGAGGAACAACUCAUCAAGGAACAAGUCUUUGAGAGCGACGGUUUUGACAUUGACUUCAAGCAGUUUCGGUGUCUUUUUAAUUACCUACCUCUUAAUUUCGAUGAUAACAACGAGUAUGUCAUGGAACCCGAAACUACGAGAGAGUUGAUGGAGAGGCUUUCUCGGAAAUCCCUUGAGAGAUACAAUGAAAGGAAGGAUACAAAAUAUGAAUUUGGCAAGGCUAUCAAAGCCAAUUUUUACCCGACUUGGGCUGCUUCGGUAAUGUAUUUCAUUACCUUUGAAGGUAAGGAUCCUUCCGAUGGUCAGCCAAAACAUUUCCGAGCUAGGGCGUGCUUAUUCUCAAUUUAGAGGUAAUGGAGAAAGUGUUUAAGUGUUUGAGAGAGAGUUUUAGGAAAUAGAACUUUUAUUACUUUGAUUUUAACUUGAAGACAACUUCACAACCUUACAACAAAUGAGAGAGGGAGGAGGUAUUUAUAGCCUUCAAACUACAAAAUAUCUAAAAUAUUUUAAUCCUAAAUCUAGAUUAUUCCAUCAUAAUAUCUAGAUUAUAAUAAUAAAAUUAUCUAGAUUAUUCUAUAAAAAUAUCUAGAUUUUUAUGUUUAAGGAGGUGAUGGAAGAUCAUUCUAGAGAUCUUCUAGAACUUUUUAAGGAGGUGAAGAUGAUGAUAUUUCUAGAGAAAACUCUAGAGCUUGGAUUUGGCCCAUCAAAUGAUUAUUGGAUAAUUGAUCCAAUAAUUAAACUUGAUUCAAAAUCAAGUUUAACUUUCAACAAGUCCACCCUUGUACAUCUCAUGCAAUCCCAAACCUGAGAAAAUAGUUCACUCCAUCGAAACUGCAGAAAAAGAAGGUGUCAAGACAGAUAGAGGAGCUAUCGAACGUCUAAUAUAUCACUGGUGAUGACGCAAUUACUUUUACGAUAAUUGACCGAGACUUGUAAUACUGUUUAUUGUUUGCCUUGCUGGCUUCUUGUUUUUAGAUCUGUGUUGUAAACUUUAACUAGAGUUCAGACUCUUGUGUAUUUUUCACAAACUUCAAAUAAAACUUUAGCUAGCUAGGGACUAGCAAUUCUAGUGA